UGUGCAGGAGGAAGCUGUCCGUGGACGCAUGGUUUACGCCCCACGACCUCGUCAGAAGAAUUCCAAAGUUGAAGAUGGUGAUCGAUCUUACUUACACCGACGGCGAUAGGUAUUACGAUCAAAACAUUCUUCGUGAGCAUAACAUCGCCGUGGUAAAGAUAAAAUGCGCCGGUGGGCCGAAUGAAGUACCUUCGAGGGAUCUACUGCAAACGUUUAUUGCGGCCGUGGAUAACUUUCUACGAUCACCAGCUUCUAGAGAUGGCUUGAUUGGCGUUCAUUGCACUCACGGCCUGAACAGGACCGGGUAUUUCAUAUGUAAAUACAUGACGGAUAGGAUGUCCGUACGGCCACAGAGAGCUAUUGAAGAUUUUGAGAAGGCUCGUGGCCAUAAAAUUUCAAGACCCCGUUUGGUAGCUGAUAUUAUGAAGUCAACGUCUUCGUUUAAUUCUCAAUCACCUCUAAGUAACUGCUACGACGAUGAAGGAGCGUCUUUUAGUAGAUUUCGACGUUAAAUUAAUUUUGUUAAAAUUAAAUCAAAUCUAAACAAAUA